AUGGUGUCGUUUGACGCAAAGCCAUAUGCCUUUUCCUUCCCCUUGGCCCGCACUGCACUGGUCAUUAUCGACAUGCAGCGCGACUUUCUGCUCCCCCAAGGGUUCGGCGAAAUCCAAGGUGGAAACCUGGAAGCUGUUCAGGCUUCCAUUGCUCCAACCAAACGGCUCCUCGAGGCAUGUCGAAGCGCUGGUAUGACUAUCGUGCAUACACGCGAAGGCCACAAACCAGAUCUCUCCGACUGCCCCUCGUCAAAACUCAUCAGGCAAGAAGCCGCGCCUGGUAACACGCAGCACAAGCUAGUCAUUGGCGACAAGGGAGGGCUGGGGCGAUUGCUCGUCAGAGGCGAAUAUGGACAUGAUAUCAUUGACGAAUUGAAACCGCUUCCAGGCGAGGUGGUCAUCGACAAGCCUGGCAAAGGCUCGUUCUGGAACACCCCCUUCCUACAUCAACUCAAAGCACGAGCGAUCACGCACCUCAUCGUGUCGGGAGUCACUACGGAAUGCUGCUUUGCCACCACUAUUCGAGAAGCCAACGACCGCGGCUUCGAAUGCUGCGGGAUCGAAGAAGCCACCAGCGGAUAUAACGACGCUUGCUUCAAACAGUCGACACUGGACAUGAUACACUGGUCACAGGGUCUGUUUGGCUUCAUCGGCAGCCUGCAGCCCCUUUUGGAGGCACUUGCACCUCUCUCCACCAAGCAGAACAAAGCAGACUCUACUCCCCCACAAACACCACCUGCAUUUGACGGCGACCUCACAAUAUCUGCUCUGCAGCAAGCAUACCAGAACGGUCUUUCGCCUCUGACAGUCGUCGAAGCAGUCUACGACAAGAUUGAGGCAUACAAGAAGAUUGACCCAGCAGUAUGGAUUCAUAUACAGCCACGCGAGGUCGCUCUAGAUGCUGCGAGGAAUCUAGCCAUCAGAUUCCCCGAUCGAAGCGCGCUCCCGCCUCUAUUCGGCAUUCCUUUCAGUGUAAAAGACAGCAUCGACGUUGCCGGUCUCCCCACCACAACAGCAUGUCCGCCCAUCGCCCACAUCCCCUCCACAUCAGCGCCGGUAUACGAAAAAGCGAUUGCCCAAGGCGCCCUCUUCAUCGGCAAGACGAACCUCGACCAGCUCGCCACAGGCCUCGUCGGAUGCCGGAGCCCCUACGGGAUCCCGCAUUCCGUCUACCACAAAGACUACAUCAGCGGGGGCUCCAGCAGCGGCAGCGCCGUCUCCGUCGCCGCAAACCUCGUAUCCUUCUCCCUCGCCACCGACACAGCUGGCUCGGGCCGCGUGCCCGCCGGCCUCAACGGCAUCGUAGGCUACAAGCCUACGCGCGGCACCAUCUCGUUCCGCGGCGUGACGCCCGCUUGCCUCUCGCUCGACUGCAUUGCGCUGUCCGCCAGAAACAUACCCGACACACGCACCCUCUGGCACGUCCUCGAAGGCUAUGACGCCCUCGAUCCCUACGCGAAACCCGAACUCCCCUUUGAGCGCCACGUAAACAGCAUCGGACUCGCAUCCCGCAGCUUUCGAUUCGGGAUCCCGCCGCCCGAGGCCCUGGCCCUGUGUUCGGCGCCCACCCGCCGCAUGUUCAACAACACAAUCUCGAAACUGCAGGCGCUGGGCGGCGUCCUCACACCGAUCAACUGGACGCCGUUUCACGAAGCCGGCCAGCUCCUCUACGACGGCACUUUUGUAUCUGAGCGCCUGGCCUCGCUACCCGACGACUUCCUAGCCAAGCACCGCGCUGCACUACAUCCUGUGACCGCCCAGCUCAUGGACGCCGUCGCGGCUCGAAAAAGCUCCGCAGUAGACGCAUACCGCGAUCUGCAGGCCCAAGCCCGCCAUACGCGCGAUGCCGAAGCCGUGUUCGCGUACUCCAGCACCGGCGUACAUGUCGUCGUUGUGCCGACGACGCCGACGCACUGGCGCAUCGACGAGGUGCUUGCAGACCCCAUUGCGAAGAAUAGCGUCCUGGGCGCCUUUACCCACUGUGGAAACGUCCUCGAUCUGUGUGGCGUCGCGGUACCGGCGGGCACGUAUCCUGUGGCGGAGCUGAGUGGGCACGAGCAGGAUGAGGGCGAGUUGCCGUUUAGCGUUACGUUUCUGAGUGGCUCGAGGUUGGAUGCUGAGAUGUUGGAGGUUGCGCGGCGGCUUGAGGAGAGUGUGGGUGUGUGA